UUAUAAAGGGCACGAAUGCUAAAGGAGGCAGGAGUAACUGUGAAGAAGCCGUGGCUGACCAGGAGAAAGAGACUGAAGCAGGAGCUGCGUCUGAAAGCUGGGAUGAAGCCACGCCCCUUUCUCACCUGGCCACAGAAACCCUCAGCUCACCUGACCAGGAAGAGUCGGGUCCGUUGACCAAACCUCAUCUUUCUCUCACUGCAAUGACAAAAACCAACUCAGAUGCUCCGGUGAGCACGCCGUCUCCCACUGCUGUGGCCCAAACCAGCAAGGAAUCCCAGUCCAAACCAGAGGAGUCGACUGUAAUCAACGACUCUUAUGAGCCGCAGCCCCACCUGCCUGUCACAGCCAUGAGCACCAAACCCGGCCUGGAGGGAUUCCUCGGUGCCAAACCCGUUUACUCUCCAGCUUCAGGGCGGAAAGCCGCAGCAGACCAUUUAUUUAUCGGAGGCGCUCCCGGAGCAAAGGAUCCGAUCUCCCAGAAUCCCCGGGAUCAGUCCGACUCUGAGGCUUCGUCCCAUCUUCCCAUCGCUGCUGCCACCAGAAUCCCGUCAGAUGUUCCUGCAGCGCCUAAAUCUGAUCAGACCGCCGCAUCUCGCCUCAAUCCUUCAGCGCAGGAAACGCCAGCAGCGCCGAAGCAAACGGAUCAUCCAGUCAGACGUGACGUGAACGAACCCAAACACCACCUGCCACUCUCCGCCAUGACCAAGCCGAACACAGAGUCGGCCAUUUCUGCUCCGUCUCAGUCUCUGUCAGCAUCACUGGACCUCACAGUGAAACCAGGGGAAUAUCCCUUUAAACGAGCGCCGGUUCUGAAGACGCCCAGUCCCAGUCUAAAACGGAGCGUGAGUUUUCCUCAGCCUGCAGAGAAAUUACUUCCCUCCAAAUCCUUCAUGAAGUCCGGACUCUCACCCAAACUGGACCUCAGGUCGAACAAGUCUGGAGGUAUCGAGUUUAAACCGGAGGUGAUGAAAUCCCAAACCCUUCCGCGCUCCAACGGCGCCCAAACCAAACGGGGCCUGUUUGAGCGAAUGAACUCUGACCCCAUAAAGCCAAAGGACUCCAAGCCCAAACUGAAGCGCUCCCAGAGCUUCGGCAUGUCGAGCGCCAGCGGGAUAAAGCAGAUCCUUCUGGAGUGGUGUCGCUCCAAAACCAUCGGCUACAAGAACAUAGACAUCCAGAACUUCUCCUCCAGCUGGAGCGACGGCAUGGCCUUCUGCGCACUGGUGCACUCCUUCUUCCCGUUGGAGUUCGACUACAACGCUCUGAAUCCGGCGAACCGCAGACAGAACCUGCAGACGGCCUUCACUAUAGCGGAGCAGCAGGCGGACUGUCUGCGGCUGAUCGAGGUGGACGACAUGCUGGACAUGGGGGACAAGCCGGACCCCAUGUGUGUGUUCACCUACGUUCAGUCGCUCUACAACCAUCUGAAGAAGUUUGAGUAGCUCUGGCUAGUUUCACGCAGAGUGAGUGUGUUCACCAGCUGACUGAGUGUGUGUGUGUGUGUAGAGGGUCCUGAGAUCUGAAGAUGAAUACCGGAUGUGAGAGAGGACGUCGCCAUCUGCUGGUGGAGCAAAGGA